CAUGGAUAGAGUCCUCCUCCUUUGUGUGAUACUGCUUUUGGUACGAUGUUACAAUAUGGCUAUCUCAGUUGAUGCAACCAUUCCAAAUAUUGCCACAGAUCAAGCUGCCCUUCUCGCCUUAAAGUUUGGUAUUUCUCAUCCCGACCCUGAUCAUAAUAUUCUAGCGAGCAAUUGGUCCGCCAAUACAUCUGUUUGCAGUUGGAUUGGUGUCACUUGUGGUUCUAAACAUCACCGAGUCAUAGCCUUGAACCUUUCUUACAUGGGUCUUGAGGGUACCAUUCCUCCACAGAUAGGAAACCUUUCAUUUCUUGUUAGUCUGAGACUAAGAAACAAUAGUUUUCAUGGCUCUGUGCCCAAUGAGUUGUCUCGUCUUUACCGGUUGAAAAACUUGAACUUUGGAUUCAACAACUUCAAUGGAGAAAUCCCAUCAUCUUUGGGACUAUUAUCGAAACUUCGAGAUUUGUUUCUAUUUGGCAAUAGAUUCACAGGUGCUAUCCCACAAUCCAUAUCGAACAUGUCUUCCUUAGAAAGGAUUGGUUUGGCCUUCAAUGGGUUAUCGGGCUAUAUACCUUCCUCCCUGUUCAACAUAUCUACCUUGAAACAAAUUGAUCUUGGAGAUAAUAAGCUUUCGGGCCCGAUGCCUUCUAUUUUGUUUAACAUGCCUUCCCUGCAAAAGAUUGAUCUCUACUCCAACGAGCUCUCGGGGAGACUUCCAACGGAUACGUUUGAUCAUCUUCCCAACUUACAAUGGCUUCAACUUUCUCAUAACAGAUUUUAUGGCGGACUUCCAUCCACUUUGUUCAGCUGCAAACAACUGCAAUAUUUGUCGGUGUGGUUUAAUAACUUCACCGGAAUAGUACCGCCGGCAAUCGGAAACUUAACCAUGCUUACGACUUUGUACCUUGCCGAAAACAACUUUGCUGGUGCAAUUCCGAAUGAAAUUGGUCAUCUACAAAACUUGGAGAACCUCAAUAUCGGAGACAACCAUUUCUCUGGCCCAAUUCCGUUUGAGGUUUUCAAUAUCACAACACUGCAAAUCAUUGGAAUGCCUUUGAAUAAUCUCUCUGGUCCUCUCCCAUCAAAUCUAGGCCUUUUCCUUCCAAAUCUUCAGCGGCUUCUAUUUGGGGGAAAUGAACUCAAUGGAACAAUUCCCAGCUCCAUCUCCAAUGCAUCACAACUCACUCAUCUAGACUUGUCUACGAACUCAUUCUCUGGCUUCAUUCCAAAUACAAUUGGUAAUUUAGGUCUCCUCCAGUAUCUCAACUUAGAAUUCAAUAACUUGACUAUUGGAUCUCCAGAAAUGAAUAGCCUUUUCUCUUCUUUGUCAAAUUGCAUAUAUCUGGAAAUAUUAUCUUUUACAGAAAAUCCACUAAAUGCUAUCCUUCCCAAUUCCAUUGGAAAUCUCUCCACUUCUCUUCAGAAAAUGUUAUUGGGUGGUUGCAAUAUCAAGGGCAGCAUUUUCCAAGAUAUUGGCAAUUUAAGCAGCUUGACAAGUUUGGACUUGGGGGACAAUGAGUUGGUUGGACUGAUUCCAACUGCAUGGGGGAAAUUGGGAAUGCUCCAAGGUUUGUCCCUGGAUAAUAAUAGAUUGCAGGGUCCCAUCCCAUCAAAUCUUUGCCAUUUAAAGAGCUUGUUUGAGUUAUAUUUAAGAGACAAUGAGCUAGUUGGACAAAUUCCUGGAUGCAUAAAUAAUCUGGUUUUGCUAAGAUACCUCCGCUUAGGCUCAAAUAAAUUAACUUCUACAGUUCCUUUGAGCUUGUGGAACUUGACAGACUUAUUGGAGGUUGACCUAUCAUCGAAUUCUCUAAGUGGCCGCCUCUCUUUAGAGCUUGGAAAUUUGAAGGUAUUGGGAGACUUGGAUUUAUCAAACAAUCGAUUAUCAGGUGAUAUCCCGAUGACAAUUGGUAGUCUCAAGGAUCUACAAAUUCUCUCCUUAGCAGGAAAUCAAUUAGAAGGUUCAAUUCCUGAAUCAUUUGGUGAUUUGGUAAGCUUGGAGUUCUUGGAUGUUUCUGGUAAUAAUUUAUCUGGAGAGAUUCCCAAAUCCUUAGAAGCACUCGUAUAUCUUAAAUAUCUAAAUGUCUCAUUCAAUAGACUGCGAGGAGAAAUUCCUACAAAAGGACCAUUUAUGAACUUCUUGGCUGCAUCAUUUAUGUCAAAUGAAGCACUUUGUGGUGCUCCCCAAUUGAAAGUUCUCCCCUGCAAAAGAGAUGCUUCUCGAUCAAAAAAGUCCAGAAUAAGGCAUAUACUAGCAUUUUUACUACCUGCAGUUGGAUUAACAUUAAUACUUGUGGCAGCAUCCCUCGUAUUAAUCUUAAAAAAAUGCCAUAAGAAGUCAACAAGUUCGGUAGACUUGUCUCCUUUAGCACCAUGGAGAAGAGUUUCUCACCAAGAGCUUCUACGAGCAACAGAAGGGUUUAAUCCAAAUAAGUUGAUUGGAGAAGGGAGUUUUGGGUCUGUGUACAAAGCAACAUUCUUGGAUGAUAUGGUUGCACAUGUUGCUGAUUUUGGAAUAGCCAAGCUCUUAGGAGAUGAGGAUCUUAUAAAGCGAACCAUGACCCUUGCUACUAUUGGGUAUAUGGCACCAGAGUAUGGAUCCGAAGGGAUUGUUUCUGCAAGAGGCGAUGUGUAUAGCUAUGGCAUUUUACUUAUGGAAACUUUCACGAGAAAGAAGCCUAUAGAUGACAUGUUUGUUGAAGAGAUGAACUUGAAGCGCUGGGUUGAGGAAUCUCUAGUUGUCUCCAUAGUCAAAAUCAUUGAUGCCAGUUUGCUGGGAGACGAAAGGUAUGAUGCAGCUACGAUGGACACAGUAUCAUCCAUCAUGGGACUAGCUUUGGACUGUUGCGUAGAUUCACCUGAAGAGAGGAUCAAUACAAGAAGUAUUCCAAUAGCACUCAACAAGAUCAAAUCCAAGUUUCUGCAAGAUCUUCAAAGAACGGCCUGAUCAUUUUAGAUAUAUCAUGUUGAUCUGCUUAUAAAUUUGUCUGCCACUCUUCAUUAUAAGUUUAUGUUUGUUCCUUUCCAAAUAUUACGACAGUCACUCCCACGCAUCUUUAAGAUAUAUAUAUUUUUUUUG